AUGUAUGUACUCUUUCGAAGAAAAGAAAAGGGCAAUGUGACUAACAUUCUUAUUGCCAAUCUAGCCUUCUCUGACAUUCUUGUAGGAAUCUUCUGCUUACCCUUCACUGCUGUCUACACCAUCAUGGAUUACUGGAUGUUUGGUCGGUGCUUAUGCAAGACCACCAAUUUUGUCAUGUGUGCAUCAGUUACAGUAUCAAUCAUGAUCCUAGCCCUCAUUGCUUUGGAAAGACACCAACUUAUCCUGCACCCAACUGGAUGGAAACCUAGUGUCAUCCAAGCUUACAUAGCUAUACUACUUGUUUGGGGUGUGGCUUCUCUUCUAGCUGUGCCAUUGGUCAAUGCUGUAGAUUUGACAGAUGGCAUUCACAAAAAUAUUUCAAAUGUUUUGGACUCACUUGCAGACAAGUCUGUUUGCUUGGAGAAGUGGACCUCUGUUCAGGAGAGGAGAGCAUACACUGUGACAAUUUUGCUCUUGCAGUAUGUCGUGCCACUUUGCUUCAUAAUAUGUUGCUACCUCCGGAUAUCUGUGUAUUUGCGCCGUAGGGAAGGUCUGUUAGGAAGGAGCUAUAGCCACAUGAGAAGAAUCAACAUUAUGUUAGGGUCCAUGCUUGGAGCAUUUGCCAUUUGCAAUUUGCCACUUCAUAUUUUUAAUAUUAUUGUGGAAUGGAACCACCAAUUGAUUUCUGUGUGCUACCACAACCUUAUCUUCUCCUUGUGUCAUUUGUUAGCCAUGAUUUCGACUUGCAUCAAUCCUGUCAUCUAUGGUCUCCUUAAUAGUAACGUGAAGCAAGAAGUAAAGUUAUUGGUUGAGAGGUGUGUAGGGCGGACACAGAGGCGGCCUAAAAACCCAGGAAGAACCAGAAAAGCAUCCUCUUGCCAUCAAAUGUGGUUCAGCUUUGCCUGGUUCUCCAAGUUCAGAUCAUGGAAGAAAUGUGUGUUAAGAGGCAGCAUAUGA